AUGACGCCCUCACCGCUCCGCGAGGCCAUGGAUGGAGUGAUCGACGCCCUUGGCAUGUCGAGGGGCCCAGAGGAGCCCCAAGCACCUCUAGAUCCUUGGUCACCCGAGUCCUUUGACAUGGUUUCUCAUCAGACGCGCAAGAGGGCCCAAAGUCGUCCGCAUACGGCUAUGGGCUAUCCCCACCCGGACGAGGGUUACGAAACGUGGAGUGGGGAGUCAUCGCAAGAUCCUUCGUACCACAGCGGGUACGCCGGAAAGGACCAUCCACUCCCCGAGUUGAGUAGUUAUGUUGACCGGAUGGAAAAGAGCUUCCAGAAACUUCACACCCAGGGCCCCACCGUACCGGGACUAGACCUUGACACGCCGCCCGCGCCGCCUCCCAAAAACACGCCGUUUGACCGCCCCAAGUCGUCGAUGGGAAUGGCCGCGCUUGAUAUGAAGGGGCCCGGACCCAUCAUCCCGGAACGGAAGCUGAGACACAGGAAGUCGGCUUACGAGGUCGGCCGCGAUGUGCUCGGCCGCACGUUCACGACCAAGACAAACUCCACCAACGCUUCCUCGGGAAACCGUAGCACAGUGACCACAACCACGCAGAACAGCGACCGAAGUCUGAUGAGCGGGUCAUCGGCAGGCGCUAUCAGUGCCACCAGCGCUGGUAGCUACGCCAGGAGACGCGAGCGCGCACAGAGUGCCUUGGGCGUGCGGGAUCUAGACAACGAUAGGCCAGAGUCCCCGUUUACCGGAGUCACAUACCACAGCAGCCACGCCUCCGGUCCAUCCCGUCCGCAGUCCCAGAUUGGUUUCCAAGACGACCAUCACGGUGGCCUCGGCGGUCUCGUUCAGCCAAAGCCACCUAAGCGGAGCAUUUUCAAGAAAAUACUCGACUCGGCCAAGACGGGAGUGGCCAGCGGUCGCAGCCAUAUCGCUCUUGCGGGCGACGGGCCAAAGUCUCGCGGAGGCGAUGCUGCUCGGGAGAUGGGACUUGGCAAUGCCGUGGAUUGGGUGCAGGUCCGUCGUGACGUGAAUCGGUCCAACUCGUUGAGCCUCCACGAGCGAGGCGAGCGACGCGAACGGGCGCAGAUGCUGGAUUACCCGUCGAUCAAUGCCGCGGACGAACUGUACGAAAGCAUUAAUGGCGACGAAGGGACGGACGGCAUGCCCGUCAACAACCCGAUCAACUAUCAAGCCAUCAAUCUCGGCCAGGUAGACAAGAAUACGCGCUUUGUCGCGAACCUGCCCCCAUGA